AUGGAGUCUUCGUCUGAAGUGACACAAAAUAAAGCGAUGAAUUCGAUCGGCAAACUAGAAGAAUUUGAUGAAACACGCAACGAUUGGACUGCAUAUAUAGAAAGAGUUAAACAGUAUUUCCUUGCGAACAAUGUAGCCGAUGAUAAAAGAGUUCCAGUUUUGUCGACAGUGAUCGGAGGUAAGACGUAUAGUUUAUUACGAACACUGACUUCUCCUGAUAAACCUUCGACCAAAUCAUUUGAUCAUAUAGUGGCAAUCUUAAAAGGACAUUUGUCGCCCAAACCCUUACUGAUCGCAGAACGAUUUAGAUUUCAUAAGCGAGAUCAAAGAGACGAUGAAAAUAUUAAUACUUAUGUGGCUGAAAUUAAGAAGUUAUCCAAACACUGUGAGUUUGGUACAGCGUUAAAUGACUCGUUAAGGGACAGAUUUGUUUGUGGACUAUACAAUGUAUCUAUUCAGAAACGCUUACUUGUCGAAACCAGCCUUACGUUCAAGAAAGCGCUAAAACUUGCGGUUGCCAUGGAAACGGCCAUGAAAAAUUCACUUGAGUUGAGGGGGGAAGCUAAGACAAUACCUCCUGUGAACAGCAUUCGUGAAGUCCCAAUGCAACAUAAAUGUUAUAGAUGUGGGAAAGAGGGGCACGAACCCCAGGAAUGCUAUUUCAAAGAUCAAUAUUGUAGAAACUGUGGGAAAAAGGGCCAUAUAAAACGUGUAUGUAGGG